AUGAUUCGAGCCCUAAAUGAAUUCAGAAUUCGCGGAGUCAAGACAAAUAUUCCUUUCCUGCUCAACGUCCUCCAACAGCCGGCAUUCCUCGAUGCAUCCGUUGACACCUACUUUAUUGACGAACACCCGAAUCUUUUCGAAUUUCGACGAAGUCAAAAUCGUGCUCAGAAGUUGCUCAGUUUCCUGGGAGAAGUUCAGGUGAAUGGGCCCACAACGCCUCUUGCUACGGAUCUCAAGCCGGCUUAUGUCGACCCAGUGGUACCUGCUAUUCGCUCUGGUUCGCCACCUCCCGUAGGUCUCCGACAGGUUCUUGUCAAAGACGGUCCUGAGGCGUUUGCACGGGCAGUACGACGCACGUCUGGAUGCAUGGUCACCGAUACUACUUUCCGAGAUGCUCAUCAGUCGUUACUUGCAACUCGAGUUCGAACCUACGAUAUGGCGAGAAUAGCGCCGUUCGUCAGUCAUGCAUUCCCACACUUGUAUUCCAUGGAGAACUGGGGAGGUGCGACUUUUGACGUUUCCAUGCGUUUCCUGCACGAAUGUCCAUGGGAACGACUUGAGACACUUCGGCAGCUCAUUCCAAAUAUUCCGUUCCAAUGUCUUCUAAGAGGAGCGAACGCUGUCGGCUAUAGCAACUACCCGGACAACGUCAUCGAC